AAAUUAAUAUAAUUAAUUACAAAUGAAAUAAAAUAUUUCUAGUAAAAACCACAAAAAUUCAAUAAACUCUACAUAACUUUAUGUUACGUUUUGAGAGAAUUUAAAACAAAAUUACAAUCAAUUUUGAGUUCUUCCUAAAUACUAAUUAAUGUAUCAUCUAUUUAGUUUGUGGUAGACAUAUUAAAGUUUGUAAGAAAUUAAAGUGUAGUGGCAGUCGGUCUGACUAAUUUCAGUUUCAUGAUUCAUUUGCUAAUAUCUAUCAUAUAAGUUUCACGUGUUUAGAGAAUGGAUAAGGUGAAAUUAGUAUGGUCUAAAAUGAACCGAUGGCACCGAUUAUUGCUACUAUUCCUCGUGUCGGAGUUCCAGCUGUUUCCGGGUGGAAAAAUUGGAUUCCUAUGCAAUGACCCAGCGCUGUCACACCAAUUUAAUGGAGAUACAAUCUCUUGGAAGUGGUUAUUGGUGACAGUCAUCCUUCUUCCAUUAGUUGUUAUGUUAUUAAUAGAGAAAGCUUACAAUUCGGACAAUAAGACGGACAGAGCGAAGCAGCAAGCAUUGCGCUGGUACAAGGAGUACAUGUUUGGUGUACUUAUAAACUUGACUGUGGUACAUGUUCUGAAGCAGGUUGUUGGCUCUCCAAGACCGCACUUUUUCGAUACAUGCAGCCCCAAAGAAGCGCUGACUUGUGAGACAGGUGAAUAUGUAUACAGCUACACUUGCACGAAGGCAGGCUGGGUGAGUCAGUCCGACAGGAGUUUCCCGUCGGGUCACACCUCGCUUGCACUACACGCUGCGGUUUUUAUUGUGUAUUAUCUCCAGCAGCGUACCAGUCAAGUAAAGCCGCCGGCUGUAUUCGCAUCUCAGAUACUGUGUAUGAUGAUAGCAGUAUACUGUGGUCUAUCACGAAUGACGGACCAUAGACACCACUGGUGGGAUGUAGUGGCCGGCGCUGUUAUAUCUCUACCUAUAUUGUUUUAUACUAUAUACUCGCUGUGUAAUAACUUCCACUGUCUGAAUAUAAGGAGCUCUGAAGCACCAAACAUAGACAAUACUAAUAAACAACACUCCACACUUUUAAAUAAUUCGACGUAACCAAAGACAAUAUAUAUUUUAUAACUGUCCACAAUAGACAUUUAUUAAAAAGUAAAAUAUUUUUGUAACUAUAUACUUUUGUAAAAUAUAUUUUUUAUUUUGAAAAAGAACUUGUGAGACGAAUUACAAUGCCACUCAUUUACGUUUUUACUUUUUCUACGUCUUUUUAUUUUUUCUUAUUUAUUGACGUAUGGAAUAAUUAUGACAUAGAUUAAAACAAAAAGGUUUUUUUUAUCCGAUAUAUAAUGCUUCAAAAUAAACCUUUUUGUUUAUAUAUAUUACAGCAUAGUAUUUAUUUGACAAUGACCACUGGUAUUUUAUCGACCAAUUAUAUUGAGUGAGAUUUUUAUGUAAUUUAUUUUGAUGGUUAAUUUUAUAGGCUUAUGUUAAAAUAUACAGAUUGUAUUAUAUAUAGUUAUAUCUGGAGAUAUAACCAUAGUGCAGUUCGGUCUUUUAUUAAAACGCCUCUGUGGUUUCCAUUCAUUUCGAAUUUUUAGAAGAAUUUGUAAAAUUGAAAUAUUACUGAAAAGUUUUACUUUUUACUGAAAUCAGAGUUUUACUGUAAUAUAAUUAUAUAUUUUUUGUUACUAGAAAGUAUUUUUGUUUGCUUAUAAUUGACGCUUUUCCACUAGUCAUGUAUAUAAUAAAGUGUUUAACACUUUUAUAUGACCAUUAGUUUAAAUAUACAUAUUUCAAACAAAUAUAUAUGUUACAAUCAUUUGUAUACCUCUUUUACUGUUAGUUAAUAGAAUAGAAUAGAAAAUCAUUUAUUAAAAUAAACUUAAUUUAAUCACUUUUGAAUAGUCAUAACAAUUUGUUUUUUAUCUACCACUCGUUCGGAAAGCUGUCUCAUCACAAGAAGAACGAGCAAGAAACUUGUGUGUUGCUCUUUUAAAUAAUCCUUGUAAGUUUACAUUUACAAAUCGAAACGUGUGAAUACAAACUACCAACAUUGAGAUUGUAUGUUAAAUGCUAUAAAAUUAUUUAGCUGAAUGUACUGUUUUAAUAUUAAAGUAACAAAACAGAGUUUGUAUAUAAAUUUAGAAAUGGAAAACAGUAACAGUGUUUAUUUUAUCGAAUUAGCUGUUAUUUUUCAGAAGUGCAUUUUUUGCGUAAUGGAUCAGUGCUGCACAAUGAAAAUUGGUACUUCCAUAUCUUAACUAUAAUAUAUAUGUAUUAUUUAUUUUUUAAGAAUUAAUAUUUUAGUUAAGAAUUAGUUUAAUAUUUAUUCUUAAUUGCAAGUAUGUAUUUCAACUCGUAUUAUAAAGAGUGAUAGGUUAUUUUUGUUUGUCAAAUAAUCAAAUAUCAAUUUUUUUAUUAAUUUGAUUUAUUCAUGUACUUAGGUCUAUUACAAACUCUUAUGUUAUGUCAAAUCCACCGUCGGUUCGGAGUGUUUUCAAUCCAAGAUGAACGGACAAUGAACUUGCUCGUAUUCUUUUCAAAUGAGCUUGUACAUGUUUAAAGAAAGGGUUCAUUUUUCAAAUAGACUUCUAUUUCAAUUUUGUCAAAAGGAUAUAGUCUAAUUAGUGUCCGUAAUCGAACAGACAGACAGACAGACCAGUCCCCACAAACAACUCUCGUUUCCGAGUAUGACGGAUGAGCAAACCAUCAUUGUCAAUGUCAAAAACAAAUUCAAUUAAUACUUGGGGAAUAUAAAAAUUCCCACGCUUAUAAAAGGCUAUAUUAUUUAUGAAUAAAAUAUGCUUUAUGUCACGCAUACGGAGCCACGGGGCAUAUAUAGUUUGUAAUAAAUGUACAAAUAGGUACAUUGAAUUGAAAGUAAUUAUUUUAAGAACCUUAUGAUGGGUGGAAUGGAUCAAACGAAAUCGCUUUAAAAAGCUAAUUAUAGUAAGUGAGUAAUAUUGUUUUGUAUCUUUAAGUACUGUUGUACAUCUUCAACAUAAAGAUAACUUAUUCAUGUAAUUUAUGUGUGCAAUAAAGUAUAAGUAAAUGAUGAUGUCCUCCUUGUGGUAAGUGGUAAACCCGACAUCAGCAGUUUCUCACUAAUGUUUCCUUUCAUGCGCUCUUAUGUGACUAGUGAAACCAAGUUUAUUUAAAACUUGAUCGCAUUGAGUUAACCCGAAAUCAUGUAUAGGUUCAGAAACGCAUUAUUACUAAAUAAAUGUUAAAAAAAUUAUCACAAUUCAUAAGGGUAUAUUAAGGUUUCUUAAGGGUCGGCAACGCGCACCUGACCCUCUGGUGUUUCAGGCGUCCAUAGGCUACGGUAAUUAUUUACCAUCACAUGGGCUGUAUGCUUGUUUGCCUACAUGAUAUAAAAAAAAAAUAAGGAAUUGAUUUUGGUCGAUAGGAAUUGAUAAGGGUAUAACACCACAGAAAUAUUUUGUGUUAUAUGUUCUUAUAUGUAGUAACACUCACAAUGGUCCAUAUUAGAACGUUAAAUGAGGGGAAUAGAGUCCCUAUUACAUCAUAACAGACAA